GCCCCCCCACACCCCCCUCCUGAGGGGAGGAACCCGUCAGGUGAGGGAGCGCUCCGGUCUGUGCUCCCCUCGGCCCGGAGAGCCCCUCCGGUCAAGGCUCCCCUCAGGAGGCCUGGAUUUUGGAUUACAGACUUUAGAAGAAGGAGGAUCACAUCUCGGAUCACAUCUCAGAUCAGAGCAUUAACUCUGCGCUGGAUAUGUGCCAAAACGUUCCAGUUCACCACAAGAUACCAACAGUAUGCCCGUUAUAAAGUACCCAAGGGUGAGAGACCCUCUCUUUUAUGAAUGGGACAGGAAAGCCCAGAAAAGUGGAUUAAGACACACAAUUUAUGCUGUAAAUGGGGAUCAGUAUACUGGAGAAUGGCUGGACAACUUGAAACAUGGUAAAGGCACCCAGAUUUGGAAAAGCACAGGAGCUAUUUACAGCGGUGACUGGAAGUUUGGGAAGCGGGAUGGUUAUGGCUCAUACAGCAUUCUUGACCCAGUGACCAAGGAAUACAGGAGGGUGUACACAGGCUGGUGGGAAAAUGACCGAAGAGGUGGCCGGGGGAUGUUCUUUUACCCCAACGGGGAGCUCUACGAGGGCGAGUGGAGCAAUGGUUUGCGGAGCGGCUGGGGAAAGAUGCACUACAAGGACGGCUCCACCUACGAGGGACAGUGGCUGUCGGAUCAGCACAACGGGCAGGGCCUGCUGCGGCUCCCAAAUGGAAAUCGGUAUGAAGGAGGUUGGAAAGAUGGCAAGAAGCAUGGCCCAGGGAAAUACUUCUACCCAGAUAAGGGACAGCUGUUAGAAGGCAUCUGGGUAGCAGAUAUACCAAAGUGUGGAGUUCUGGUUGACUUUGGCAGAGACAACGCUCCAGACCCUACUCAGUUUCCGCUCCCAGAGAUUGAACUACAUGAUCCAGCUGGUGUUUUAGCAGAGGCCCGAGCAACAUUUGAUGACAGCCAUAAUUAAUAACCAGAUAUUGAAGAAAAAAAAUAAUCUAAGAACA